UAUAUACUUGGAGCUUUGGUUUCUUCUAUCCAAAGCUUUGUGGUUUUUCACUUGCAUGGUCGUAUUGUAUAUUCUUGUUUAGUUUGUGAGGUGUUUCUUACCUUUUAGCUACUGAUGUGAUUCCGAUGCUUUAAGUAUAUAUGUUCCUGCUUCUUAGUGGCUUUGGCCUUUCGAUUAUUAUUCUCCUUCUGACCCGCUUUCUUGGUUAUUUGCGUUGGUGCUCUACUUUCGUAUUCUCAGUUUGAUUAUCUUAUGGAAUUAGUAGUGAAAUAAAUAUAUAAUUUGUAAAUAAAAUAAUAAAAAUUAGUAAAAAUAAUAAAAUGGUGAAAGUUUAUGCUAUUUUUAAUUGUAAAUAAAUUAAAAUUUUAAAAUAUAUUUAUAUUAUUUUAUUUAUUUCUUGAAUUUUAGGGACUAAUAAGUGUAAGAAGGAUUAGAUAGUACAUAAUUAGAAAUUGAUGGUACAAAUUGCAAUAAUCUAAAAGAACAAAAAAAAUGAGGACACAUGUCAACAAACCCUCUUCCACAUGUCAUAAGAAGGGGAAAAACCAACUUUAUAUAAAUAUAGAUAGAUAGCUUAACAUAAUAAAAAUAUCGUGUAUAUAUAUCAAAAUUAUCAAACUUAUAAAAAUAGCUAAAAAUAAUAAAAAAACAAUUAAAAUUAGUUAUUUUCCAAAAGUAUCCAUAUAUAUAGUAUGAUUUGGAUAUUUGAUGUCCAAAGCAUCCAUUUAUAUCCAUAAUACCAAAAUAACUAAUAUAUAUGAUUUAUAAUUUUAAGUUUAGGUAUUCAUAUUAUUGUAAAUAAAAUAAUAAUUUAUAUAUAGAGAUAUAACAAUUGGGUAUAUAGACCGGAUCUAAUCGGGUUCGGAUCCUGAUUUUUGGAUCGUUUCCAGAUUUUUUUUGGAUGUAUUGUUAACUAAUUAAUUUAAUAAUUCAAAUUGUUAAUAAAUACAAAAAAUACCUUGAGUUUAUUCGAAUCUGAUUACAUAUUUUAAAAUCAUAUCAUUCUAAAACUUGAAUACAUAAUCUAUAAUCAAAAUUAUUUCUAUUAGAAUAUUAAAUUUAUAAUAAUUUGCAGAAAUAUAAUAUUUUUUGUUAACAUUUAAAUGUGGAUACAAUCAAAAAUAAAUUUAUAUCAAAUAAAUUUGGGUUGUUCCGAAAAUAAAAGUGUCGUCGAACAAUGCUCUUGGGCAUAGUUAAUGAUAUUUAAAGUCGACAAAAAAAACUCCAAAGUACAAUCGUCGUGUUUAUCUUGUAACCGAUGAUUUAAUUUGUUUUUUUAAUAGAGUUGAUUACACUAAAGGACACUUUUUGUCUUUCUUUUACACCUAUAGACACUUUCCACAUUUGACACACUUUCUGGUGGGACCUAUGCGUUUUUUUGACAAAUCUAUCGUUAAUGAGAAGGAAAAAAUAUUUGUGGACAUGGAUACAUGAAAAUUUUUGGACAUAGAUACAUUAAUGUUUGUGGACAAAGCAAGUUGUGGACGAACAAUUUUAACGUACAUAUCUCUUAUACACAUAAACAUCUUGUAUAAAUGAUAUUGAUUAUAUAGAACGAUGAUAUCGUUUGAACCAAUAAAUUGUGGAUAUACAUAUUGUGGACGGGUUGAUAUUGAUUAUAUAGAAUGAAUGAUAUCGUUUGAACCAAUGAAUUGUGGACGAGUUUCUGGCCUUAAUCUUGUUGAUAAAAAAAUUCAAUUUAAUAGAGCAGCGCAUGAUUACAUCAACAACAAGAAGAAAAAACACUAUGUGGAUUUAAUUCAAUCAAUCCAAGAACUUUAUAAUUUAGAUAAAGCUAUCUCGUUAAAGCCAAAAACUUUACCUUUCAUUAGUGACAAUUGACUUCAGACAGUGAAGUUUGUGACUUUUUAAUGGCUACAAUGAUUUUAAACGGUGAACGACGACAUUAAUGUGAGAUUUCAGGGUGGAGACAAAUGGCGGAGGAGACAUGUUACCAAGAGAAGAAGCUCCUGAUAGAUUGAAUUGGAGAGACAACGGCUCCAGAUCUCGUCAAUAAGAACCUAUGCGAGUUCGUAUUGUAGAAGAGGAAGAUCGCAGCGGGUGAAGAGCCAAUCCGGCGGUUCUAAUCAGAGAAGUAGGGUUGGCUACGGCGGCGGCGAUGUGAGAUUCCACAAUUGAUUUUUUCUCUUUAGUUGGAAUAAAAGUUAAACAUAUUGUUUGGUUAAACAAAGGGUAGAAGAGACAAAUCACAUGAAGAAAGUGUGUCAAAAGCAAGAUGUGUCUCUAGAUGUAAUUGUAAAGUGAUAAUGUGUCUCUAGAUAUAAAUUUCUCUUUUUAAUAUGCUCGUAACUGUUAUCAUAUUUUAGGGAUAAACAUCAUCCCGUUCUCACUAGGUCCCGCACAAUAAAUUAGUGGCCAGAUGCAUAUCCAAUACAAUGUGCGAUACUCUUUCCCAAAAACACUUGGGAGUUUUCUAUUGCUCAAACUUUUGUCACAGCCUUUUAUAAUUAAAUCGUAUUAUUAAAAUAUCCAAUGUUUUCUCAUUUUGUUGGUUCUUGACUUCUUGUUAAUAAUAUAUGUUAAAAAAAAUCCCAUUAUAUAAAUUAGUAACAUUUAGUAAAAAUACAAGUUUUAAUUUACAGGAAUUUUGCAUUUUUAAAAGGAUUCCGAGUUUUUUUUUUUGUAAAAAAGGAAUUCCGAGUUAAUUUAUAGUGAUCUUUGAUUACUUUUUUUUUUCUGAUUCAAAAAAAAAGUUUUUGGCUAAUUGAAAAAAUGUUAAAUACUUUACAUUGAGGAUAUCUAUUUUUGGUGAAAAAGCUGAAAAUAUAUACAUAUAUUUAUUUAUGCAUACGCUUUUGAUAACAGUAUAAAAGUAAACAUAUUUGUUUAUUGUAUGCCGUGUGAAAAUAGGAAAAUCCAGAUACCAAAACUUGUAUUUAUUUUUAUGCUUUUUUAAUAGUGAAAAUCAAAUAGUAAUAAAAGUUAUGUAAAAAUCUUGGACUUGGGAUUAGUCAAACAAAAAUGUUUUCGUAACAAAUAUAAAUCAAAAUGAUAGAUUAAGAAAGUAAAGAAAACCAAGAGCGGAGACCGGUAGAAGACACCCCUAGAUUUACUUCCCCUCUUAAACUAUAUAUAAAGACAACUGAGUGUAGAAGUUAAGAGACACAGAGAAAGGAGAAGAAGAUUCGAUUGAGAGAAUAAAAAAAAUCAAGAAUGUUGCUGGUGACAGUAUUGGCCGAGAUGUUAAAGGAGUACACGGUGGUACUCGCCGGAGUUUUGGAGCAUCUCUUUUCUCAGGCGCCAUUUCCGAGGAGGAUCCGACUUCAUAUAUUAUACUCUCUCCCUUUCCAUAAUUCCAGUUCAUCUCCCCCUAUUCUCCUUCCUUCUCCUCCUCCUUACGCUCGUACUUUAUAAUCCAAGAAGCUUGAUGUUUUAAUAUAUGCUUACUCUGUGAUUUCUAUUUGAGUUGAGAUGUGUAUACCAGAGCUUUUGUUGUAAAUAAGAUAUUUUCAAGUUAAUGCAUCCUCUUGUUGGAAAUACAAAACCAACAUAUCACAGAGCUUAGCUUUGUUAUGAUUUUGUUUGUCUAGAAUUGAUCUGUUAAAGAAGAGGAAGGAAGAAGAAGACUGUUGUUUUUGUUGGGUCUA